GAUCGAUGGAUGAGAUCGGGAGGAGGAACGGAAGAACAAAGAAAAGGGAGAUCAUGGGAUGGAGAGACACGGGUCAUCGCUAUGACACCACUCCUCGUGUUCGUCAUCCUUCGUUCGUUCGUUCUUUCUUUUAUUCAUUUUUGAUUUUUCUCUCAUUUAUUUAUUUCUUUGAUUUUCUCCCUCGGGUAGUUCCCACCAAUGCCAUAUAUCUCUCUCUGUCUCCCUCUCCGUCCGGCCUGGCCGGUGAGGACUGAAGAAUUAUCUCUCGAUUUCGCGACACGAACGGGAUGUGUGUGUGAGAGAGAGAGAGAAUCGAUCGUACUAGAAUUGAACGAACGAACAAGAGAAAGAGGAGAGGUCGCGUGUGUGUGUGUGUGUAUGGCCCGCAUGUGGCGGUGCCAUGUAUGUUUGCCUAUGUGCAUGUGCAUGUGGCUGAGGAGCAGAGCAGUGGCAGUGGCAGUCCAUCACUCUCAUCUCAUCUCAUCUCAUCUCGUCUCUCACACUCAAUAUCGCGGAAGACCCGCAUCGGGUUCUACAGUAGGUAUGCAGGUGGAGUGUAAUAAUAACCAGGACAUGCGAAGCACACACACACCAUCGAACCUAUAUGCGGCUCUCAACCCUCCACGUGCACCAUCACCUGGGUAUCAUCGUCCCUCUCGUCGAUCCGUGCAUUGAUGCCUCCUCUUCUGCGGGAUCGCUUCGCAUCGCAUCGCAUUGCAUUGGCACA